AUGUCGUUUUCGUCGGUCAAAGCCCUACUCACCCAAUACUCGCCCGUCUCUGAGAGCUCCUUCUCCGACGCAGAGAAAGAAGCCCAGAUCCCACUGGGUCAAGACAAGGACCUCGAACUUCACAGCGAUGGCAGAUCCUCCGCUGCGCCCUCGAGUCGACCCGAGAAGAAGAGCUUUGUCGACGCACGAGUGAUCUCAGACGCCAUUAUUGGCUUGUCGGAUGGGAUGACAGUGCCAUUCGCUUUGACGGCUGGUUUGUCGACGCUGGAAGAUACAAAAGUCGUCGUGUUUGGUGGUAUGGCUGAGUUGAUUGCUGGUGCUAUUUCCAUGGGCUUGGGAGGAUAUCUCGGUGCUAAGAGCGAAGAGCAAUCAUACCGAACAACCCUCAAACAAACCCGCGAACAAACCCUCACUGACUUCGAUGCCACCACAACCAUCAUCUCCGACAUCUUCGCGCCCUACGACCUUCCCGCCCAGACAGUCUCCGAUCUCACAAAACAUCUCGUCGACUCCCCCAAUCUGCCCGAAUUCCUCAUGAAUUUCCACCACACUCUGCCCGAACCUUCUGGCUCGCGAGCCGUCACAUGCGCCCUGACGAUUGCGCUGGGCUAUUUCAUCGGCGGCUUUGUCCCGCUUGUGCCUUAUUUCUUCGUGGGGCCGGACGAUGCGUUUAGUGCGUUGAAAUGGUCUAUUGCCGUUAUGGCGGUGGCCUUGUUUGUGUUUGGGUAUGGAAAGACGUGUUUUGUGACCGGUUGGAAGGGACGCGAGAACGUCAAGGGUGGUGUUUAUGGGGGUGUGCAGAUGGUGAUCGUGGGUGGUGUGGCGGCUGGAGCGGCCAUGGGGUUGGUCAAGUUGUUCCAAGUUCUGGCUCGGUAG